UUCUUUUCCCUCGUAGGCAGUCGGAGUUGGGGCAUGAGCCCCCUCGCCGGGCACGUUUGGCGAUGGAUUCCCACACCGCCAAAUACCUGGGCUGCUUUUUCUGGCCGCUGGUCGUCUGUCUGCCGCUGGCCCAAGGCACUGAUUGCAAAUCUGGUUGUCAUCCAGUGAAUGGAUUUUGUGAGGUUUCCAAUGAAUGCAGAUGUCGACCUGGCUGGCAAGGCCCCCUCUGUGAUCAGUGUGUUCCUUUCCCUGGCUGUUUGCAUGGGACAUGUGUCAAACCAGGCCAGUGCAUGUGUGAAGAAGGAUGGAUUGGUAGCCACUGUGACACAGUGAUCAGGUCUCAGUUGCAGAGGAUCUUGGAAGAAGUGCUAUAUCUGAAUCCUCAUCACUCCAGUUUCAGGAUUUGGUGUGGGGGACCCUGUAUUGUUAAUGGCUCACCUUGUCAAAAUGGAGGAAGUUGUUUGGACAAUGAUGGGUUUGCACUUUACGCAUCUUGCAUGUGCUCUCCAGGAUUUACUGGACAGUUUUGUGAACGUGAUAUUGAUGACUGUGAACCAAACCCAUGUGAAAAUGGAGGCACAUGCACAGAUAUUGGAAAGAGUUUCCACUGCUCUUGUCCUAUUGGCUAUGGAGGUGUGUUGUGCAGUAACCGCAUCCCAGCUUGUGAUAGUAGCCCUUGUGAAAAUGGUGGGACAUGUCAUGGACACCGUGGCAGAGGCUUCAUGUGUAUUUGCAAACCAUACUUUGUUGGGGCCACCUGUAGUUUUUUCACUAGAAACACAAGUGUGUAUGUGGUGGCUAAACAGAGAUGGAAUCAGAAUCACCACCUGCAUUUCAGAGGGCACCGUAAACCAGCUCAGCAGCAAGAGAAGGAAAUACUGACCAUAAAAGAGACAAUUGAAAAUAGGCAGUCCUUGCUCACUAAGAGUCAGGUGAUCUGCUUCAUGAUCCUAAGCUUUCUUACAUGUCUUGUUGUUUUGGGUACAACUGGGAUUAUAUUUUUCUCUAAAUUUGAAGUAUGGCUAGCCAAUGCCAGAUACAGCCAUUUACUGCGCAAGGAGAGGGAUUUCUUUCUAAAAGCAAAUGAUGAUGAAAAUGUUUCUGUGAAUAUAAUAUUUCCUGAGAAGAUUAAUCAAGGUAAUGAAUAGUCAGUGUACCUAAAUCCUUUUAUUUAGCAAGGACACCUCAAGCUUCAUUCGUGUCAGGGAGAUAGAUGCCUUUUUAUUUUUACUUGUGACACAAAUUCUGGCUUUAGAACCAGUUGACAAAGAAGAAAGAUGCUCUGUUUUUGCCAGAUAAAUACUCGUUUCCCAAACAUGUUUUCUAAUUAAAUUAUUUUGUGAACCAGGGUUGCAUAAACUAUUGGGGACUGAAGGCUACGUUUGAGCCUUUGAGUGGAAAGCUAGGAAUGCAAAACAGAAGUAGCAGAACCUGGCCAAUUCUUUUUAAAAAAAUAAGUUUUAGUUUACUUAGUUAAUUAACUAUAAUAUGAUUACUGCUCAUGCAUUUAAUAUCUUUUUCAUUCUCUAACAUUUUAAAUUCAGCAGCAGCUUGUUUAGGGCUGUGAAGAUCAUACCAGGGCUUUGAGGGAAGGGAUAUUACAUGCCAAUGUUUACAGAUCUAUGACACUUAAUUUGGGUUGUAAUCCUACAUUAUAUACCUGGAAGUAAGUUCCAACAUACUUUGUGGGGUUUGCUUCUGAACAGGCACAUGCACCAUUGAAUUAUUGUUAUUGUAAAUAAAAAGUCAAUGCAAUAUUCUUAAUUAAGAUAGCUAUUGUCAUAUUAUGUGCUAUGUUUGACAACUGUGAUAUUUCUAAACGAAUUUCUAAUGCUUAUUUUGAAUAAAUAGAUAUUAAGGGCUACACAGA